CUAAUCACACGGUUGCUGACAACGCGUUCGACUUUUUGAGUAAACGGCUUGUGGUAGAAGGCUGAGUUUAAUCCAGAGCGGUGGUAAUUUUACCACGUUAGCUUUCUUAAAAUGGCAAGAACCAUAGAGAGCGAGGAUGAAAUUCAUUUUCUACGAACGAGUGAUGAGGUGGUCCUACAGAGUGCUUACACGUCCCAGCAAGAGCAUCUGAAGCUGUGCCUGGCUGCAGAAGGCUACGGCUGCAGACUCUGCAGCCUGCAGUCCACCUCCCACUGCAAGAAUGUUCCCCCAGACUUGUCGGUGUGUGCCUUUGUGCUGGCCCAGUGUCUGUCUGUCAGAGCCUUGCAGGAGAUGCUGGCCAACAGGGAGGAAAAGGCUAAUGGGAUUGGGCUGGGGGGAGGGAAUCGUACCCUUCUCUAUGGCCAGGCUGUUUUGCUACGACAUUCCUACAAUGGAAUGUAUCUCUGCUGCUUGUCCACAUCCGGGUCCUCCACUGACAAGCUUGCUUUUGACGUGGGUUUGCAGGAAGAUAACACAGGGGAGGCCUGCUGGUGGACCGUUCACCCCGCCUCCAAGCAGAGGUCGGAGGGGGAGAAGGUGCGUGUCGGUGACGACCUCAUCUUUGUCAGCGUCUCGUCAGAGAGAUACCUGCAUUUGUCUAUCGGAUGUGUGGUGGAUAACAAGAGCGAGAGCGGGAAUCUCAUCGUGGACGCAUCUUUCCAGCAGACACUCUGGAGCGUCGCUCCAAUCUGUUCAGGAGGCAGAAUAGUUGAAGGUUAUCUAAAGGGCGGGGAUACGUUGAGGUUUCUGCAUGGUCACACGGACGAGUGUCUGACCAUCCCCUCUACGGAACAGGGGGAGGAGCUACGAAGGGUGGUGCACUAUGAAGGGGGAGCUGUCUCCAGCCACGCCCGCUCUCUCUGGAGGCUGGAGAUUCUACGUGUUGCGUGGAGUGGUAGCCACACACGCUGGGGUCAGCCGUUCCGCCUGCGUCAUGUGACCACAGGGAGGUACCUAAGUGUGACGGAGGAUCGAGGCCUCUUAUUGGUCGACCGGGAGAAGGCGGAGGUCAAAGUCUCUGCCUUCUGCUUCCAUCCCUCCAAGGAGAAGCUGGAGCCGUGGAUGAAGAAGGAUGUGGAUGGCAUGGGCGUCCCGGAGAUCAAGUAUGGAGACUCCCUGUGCUACGUCCAGCAUGUGGACACUGGCCUCUGGCUCACCUACCAGGCUGUGGACGCCAAGUGUGCCCGCAUGGGAGCACUGCAGCGCAGGGCCAUCGUGCAUAGUGAGGGUCACAUGGAUGAUGGGCUGAGUCUGUCUCGCUCUCAGAGGGAGGAGUCUCACACAGCCAGACUCAUCCGCUGCACUGUUCUCCUCUUCUCUCGCUUCAUCAGGAGACUGGAUGGAGUCAGUCUGUGUGAGAACCUUCCAAAUGCCAACGUGCAAUUGGACACCGUGAGACUUAGUCUGCAGGAUCUCAUUGGCUACUUCCAGCCUCCAGAGGCGGGUCUUAGCCAUGAAGUCCAUCAAAACAGUGUGAGAGCACUGAAGAAAAGACAGAACCUAUUCCAAGAAGAGGGGGUCAUUGGUCUUGUCUUGGACUGCAUUGACCGUCUACACCUCUACAGCAGAGCCUCCCAUUCGGCUGAAACUGCUGGGAGAGAUGCUGGAGAAGACUGGGAGGACAUCCUUAACUCCUUCUAUGAACUACUGGCGGCCCUCAUCAGGGGAAAUCGUAAGAACUGUGCCCAGUUUUCUGGGUCUCUGGACUGGCUGGUCGGCAGGCUGGAGACCCUGGAGGCCUCCACUGGCGUCCUGGAAGUACUUCACUGUGUUCUGGUGGAGAGUCCAGAGAGUCUCAACGCCAUCAAGGAAGGACACAUCAAAUCUCUCAUAUCUCUCCUCGACAAACACGGACGCAAUCACAAGGUAUUAGACGUGCUGUCUUCCUUGUGUGUGUGCCACGGGAUGGCAGUGCGAUCCAAUCAAAAUCUGAUCUGUGAUAACCUGUUGUCCGAGAGAGACCUGCUUCUCCAGACUCACCUUAUCAACCAGGUCACCAGCAUGCGUCCUAACAUCUUCCUGGCCAUGACGGACGACUCUGCCCAGUACCGGCGCUGGUACUACGAGCUGGUGGUGGACCAUGUGGAGCCUUUCCUGUCCCCCGAGCCCACUCACCUGCGUGUGGGCUGGGCCUGCGUGGAUGGCUACCUCCCCUGCCCAGCUCAGGGUCACGGCUGGGGGGGAAACGGGGUGGGAGACGACCUCUGCUCCUACGGCUUUGACGGGCUGCACCUGUGGUCAGGUGGUGUUGGUCGGAAAGUGAGCUCUCCUUACCACCACCUGUUGAGGGCAGAAGAUGUGGUCAGCUGCUGUCUGGACCUCUGCACACCCUGCAUCUCCUUCCGUGUCAACGGCCAACCCGUCCAGGGCAUGCUGGAGAACUUCAACAUGGAUGGGCUACUGUUUCCUGCGGUCAGCUUCUCGGCAGGGAUCAAAGUGCGUUUCCUUCUGGGCGGUCGUCACGGAGAGUUCCGCUUCCUGCCCCCCCCCGGUUUUGCCCCGUGUUCGGAGGCUCUCCUCCCGAAGGUCAAACUGAGGCUGGAGCCGUGUCAGAGUUUCACCUCAGACCACCAGGACGGAAUAAAAAACCUCCAAGGACCAAGCGCCCCUCUCUCACCGGCCACCUUCAACCCAACUCCAGUAGACAUCAGCCAGACGGUGUUGCCCUCCCAGCUGGAGCACAUCUGCGAGAGGCUGGCUGAGAACCUGCAGGAGCUCUGGGUCGUGGACAGGGUGGACCUGGGCUGGAUGUACGGACCGGUACGAGAUGACAGUAAGCGGCAAGAUCCCUGUCUGGUCGAGUUUUCCAAGCUUCCGGAACAGGAGAGAAACCACAAACUCCAGAUGUCCCAGGACACACUAAGGACUCUUCUUGCCUUCGGCUUCCAUAUCGGUCUGGCAGAUGACCAUGCUGAUGAGGGUGUGAGAUACAUGAGGCUCCCUACCAAGUACGAGCAGCCCAGCGGGUACAGGCCGGCCCCUGUAGACGUGAGCCAAGUGACCCUGACCUCCGGCCAGGAGGGCGUGGUCGACCUGCUGGCUGAGAACGAGCACAACGUCUGGGCCUGGGACCGUAUCCGACAUGGGUGGACCUACGGAGUGCAGGAUGUCAAAGCCAGGCGGAGCCCCCACCUGGUGCCCUACGCCCUCCUUGAGGAGAGGAGCAAGAGGGAGGGCAGGGACAGCGUGAGGGAGACCGUGUGCACUCUGCUGGGCUACGGCUACAGUCUGGAGCCCUUGGACCAGGACCGAGCUGUGAUGCCGGACCCAAACCGGGUGCCGUCUGAGAGAUUCCGUGUGUUCCGGGCGGACAGGUCGUACGCUGUGACCCGUGGGAAGUGGUACUUUGAGUUUGAGGUGGUGACCACGGGGACCAUGAGGGUUGGCUGGGCCCGGCCCGGCUGCUCCCCGAACACAGAACCUGGCUCGGACGAGCAAGCGUUCGUGUUCGAAGGCUCCAAAGCCCUGUGGUGUCACCAGGGAGCGGAGCCACUGGGACGCCCAUGGCAGGGUGGUGAUGUGAUUGGCUGCAUGGUGGACAUGGCCGAACGCACCAUGAUGGUCACCCUGAACGGAGAGCUGCUUUUUAACGACCGAGGAUCCGAAGUGGCUGCCAGAGACUUCGAUGUCAGAGACGGUCUCCUCCCUGUGUGCAGUUUGGGGGUCAACCAGAUGGGCAGGUUGAACCUGGGUCGUGAUGUCAGCACCCUGAGGUACUUCACUGUGUGUGGGCUGCAGGAGAGCUACGAACCCUUUGCUGUCAUCAUGGCCAGAGACCCCUCUCUCUGGAUGAGCCGGAGACAGCCUCAGUUCGUGCCCGUUCCUCCAGAACAGAACAUACUGGUGACACGACUCAGCGGGAGCUUGGAAUGCCCCCCGUGUCUAAGGGUCACUCAGAGGUCCUUCUCCCCCCAGAGCGGGGGUGCCAACAUGGGCUUCUUCCGUCUCAGCAUGCCCAUCGAGUGUGCCUCCUUCCUCUCCAGACCACCAGGUGGCGCCGUGCCCGCCAGUGCCAGCGCCCUCACAGGCAGGAAGGAGCUGGAGGAGUUUGAGGUGGACUCUGACUUCGAGAUGCUGAUGAAGUCGGCUCGUGGGUACGUAGGCUCCAGAGACGAGCUUAACUACCACAAGGACCACAGCCACGACAAGACAUCCAAACUCAAACAGCGGUUCAUGUUGAAGAAAACCAAACCAGGCCUGGUGAACAGCAGCUCUUCUGCUCGGCUGUUAGAAGAGGUCCACGUCGACAAGGACAACUUCGAGCAUCUCAUCCAGAGCUCAACGUACUACUUCUCAGUAAGGGUCCUUCCAGGUCAGGAGCCCUCUAAUGUCUGGGUAGGCUGGGUGACCUCUGGCUUCCACCAGCAUGGCCUGACUUUUCACCCUGACAAGGCUCGCACGGUCACCGUCACCCUGGGCGAUGAGAGUGGCAAGGUCCAAGAGAGUGUGAAGCGGUGUAGCUGUUACAUGGUGUGUGCUGGCGAGGGCACUGGCCUGGGUCAGAGCAGGAGAAGCACAGGCCUGGAGAUAGGCUGUCUGAUCGACACAGCUUCUGGUCUCCUCACCUUCACCUCCAGUGGCAUGGAUCUGACCACCUUCUACCAGGUGGAGUCCAGCACCAGACUCUUCCCUGCUGUGUUCAUCAAGCCCACUAGCGCCAACAUGUUCCAGUUUGAGCUAGGACGCGUCAAGAACGUGCUGCCCUUGUCUGCGGGGGUGUUCCGUAGCCAGAGGAGGAACGCCACGCCCCAGUGCCCCCCCAGGCUUGGGGUGCAGCAGCUGGUGCCCGUCCUGUGGACCCGAGUACCUGACCACGCCCUCGUGGUGCAGGCCGCCCGGCCAGACGACCGCCACGGCUGGAUGGUGCAGUGCUCCGACCCCCAGGCGACCCUCAUCCUACACAUACCCGAGGAGAACAGAUAUGUAGACAUCUUAGAGCUCUCUGAGUUAGACGACCUCCUGACCUUCCACCACCACACCCUCCUCCUCUACUCCGCCCUCUGUGCCCUUGGCAACACCCGCGUCGGCCACGCCCUCUGUAGCCACGUGGACCAAUCACAGCUCCUGUAUGCCAUCCAGAGCCCUGGCCUUCCCGGCCCUCUCCGCACCGGUUUCUACCAGCUACUCAUCCAGGUUCACCUCAGUGCCCACGCCACCGCCCGCCUCAUGAUGAACCAGGAGUACAUUGUACCCAUGACGGACCAGACCAGGGCCAUCAAGCUGUUCCACCGCCCUGGGGGACCUGGCGGGGCCAAGACGCCGGAGAUCAUCCCCAGCAUGGACCUCAGUACCUCCCUUCAGCCCCGGCUGUACUUCUCCUCCCCCUGCUUUGUGAGGGAGGGUGGAUGGGGAGGAGAUGGGGCUGGGAGCGGGGGAGGUGAGACAGCCCACAGGGGCAGCCCGGAGAUCCCUCUGGAGGUUCUGAGAGAGCUGACUGUGCAGAUGUUGAGCGAGGCGGUGUGCGCUGUGGGUCUGGGUGUGAGGGAUCCAGAAGGGGGCAGUGUUGAGCUACUGUUGGUUCCUCUGAUCAGGCUGUUCUACACGCUGCUGGUAAUGGGAGUGUUUGGAGACGAGGACCUGGGACGAGCCCUCAGGCUCAUUGAGCCCGGGGUGUUUUCCAGACCGACUGACACCCAGGAGGAAGAGGAAGAGGAGGAGGAGGAGGAAGAGGAGUAUGAAAGUGAGGGGGGAAGUCUGGGAGAGGGGCAGGUAGAACAGAAGGAAUGUACUCCGAAACAAGGGCUUCUCCAGAUGAAACUACCGGAAGCUGUCAAACUAGAGAUCUGUCACCUGCUGCAGUUCCUGUGUGACUGCCAGGUGCGUCACCGGGUGGAGGCGGUGGUUGCCUUCUCCGACUCCUUUGUGGGUCUCCUGCAGGAGAACCAGCGCUCCCGCUACAACGAGGUGAUGCAGGCGAUGAACAUGUCAGCUGGCCUCACCGCCCGCAGGACCAAGGAGUUUCGCUCUCUGCCUCAGGAGCAGAUCAACAUGCUGCUGUCCUUUGGAGAGGAGCAGCAGGGAGCCUGUCCCUGCCCAGAGGAGAUCAGAGACCAGCUCCUAGACUUCCACCACCUCCUCAUUGCUCACUGUGGGAUUGAUAUUGACGCAGGUUGUGAGGUGGAGCAGAUGUCAGAGGUGUCCUUGAAGGAGCAGCUCCUGGGUGUGGUGGGGAGGGCCCUGGGCCUCCGGAGGACAACACCUGAACAAGAGGAGGGGGGCGGAGUCCACACUCUCAAGAGCCUCCAGCAGCUGGUUCUGUCCACGGUGGUGCACUGGGCUCAGGAGAGCGUGAUGGAGAACCCUUCUCUGGUCCGAGUCAUGUUCUCCCUGCUGCAUCGCCAGUACCAGGGCCUGGGGGGGCAGAUGGGAGGCCCGCUCCGCAGGGCCUACAGCAUCAGUCAGGCGUCAGUGGAGGACACCAUGGACCUUCUGGCCUCGCUGGGCCAGAUCCGAUCGCUGCUCAGCGUACGCAUGGGCAAGGAGGAGGAGAAGCUGAUGAUCAGAGGACUAGGUAACAUAAUGAACAAUAAAGUUUUCUACCAGCAUCCCAACCUGAUGAGGGCUCUGGGAAUGCACGAGACAGUCAUGGAGGUGAUGGUUAACGUCCUGGGAGAAGGAGAGUCCAAGGAGAUAACGUUUCCCAAGAUGGUGGCGCACUGCUGCCGGUUCCUGUGUUACUUCUGUCGUAUCAGCAGACAGAAUCAGGGCUCCAUGUUUGACCACCUCAGCUACCUGCUGGAGAACAGCAGUGUUGGACUAGCCUCUCCCUCCAUGCGCGGUGCCACUCCCCUGGAUGUGGCGGCUGCCUCUGUCAUGGACAACAACGAGCUGGCCCUGUCGCUGAGGGAACCAGACCUGGAAAAGGUGGUGCAGUACCUGGCAGCCUGUGGUCUCCAGAGCUGUCCCAUGCUGGUGUCUAAGGGGUACCUGGACCUGGGCUGGAACCCUGUGGAGGGCGAGCGCUACCUGGACAUGCUGCGAUUCGCUGUUUUCUGCAACGGUGAGAGCGUCGAGGAGAACGCUUACGUGGUGGUGAGGCUGCUGAUUCGUCGACCCGAGUGCUUUGGCCCCGCCCUGCGUGGUGAAGACGGUGACGGUCUCCUAGCAGCCAUUCAGGAAGCCAUAAGGAUAUCUGAGGACCCGUCCAUGGAUGGGCCUACCCUGGCCUACGAGUCCAACAGGACCCUAGACGUGGUUCAGGAUGAAGAGGAUGACGUCAUUCACAUGGGACACGCCAUCAUGACAUUCUACUCUGCCCUCAUCGAUCUGCUAGGCCGCUGUGCCCCCGAGAUGCACCUGAUCCGUUCAGGGAAGGGGGAGGCCAUCCGUAUCCGAGCCAUCCUGAGGUCCCUCAUCCCCCUGGGGGAUCUGCAGGGGGUCAUCAGCCUGCCCCUGCAGAUCCCUGUCCUGGCCAAAGACGGUACUGUGAUUGAGCCGGACCCAUCCACGGUGUUCUGCCCGGACCACAAGGCAGCCAUGGUUCUGUUCCUGGACCGGGUCUACGGCCUAGAAGAUCAGAACUUCCUGUUCCACCUGCUGGACGUGGGCUUCCUGCCAGACCUUCAGGCUGCAGCCUCCCUGGACACUCCUGACCUGGGCUCCACAGACAUGGCCCUGGCCCUCAACAGGUACCUGUGUGUGGCCGUGCUCCCGCUGCUCACCAAGACCUCUGCUCUGUUCUCUGGAGCGGAGAGCCAGGCGCUGCUGAUGGACGCUCUCCUCCAGGCCGUCUACCGCCUCUCCAGGGCCCUCAGCCUCACCAAGGCCCAGAGGGACGCUAUCGAAGACUGCCUGCUGGCCGUGUGCAGCAAGCUCAGACCUUUCAUGAUGCAGCCUCUGCUGCAGAGACUUGUGUUUGAUGUCCCCCUGCUUUCUGAGACCACCAAGAUGCCUCUCAAGCUGCUGACCAAUCACUUUGAGCAGAGCUGGAAAUACUAUUGUCUGAUUGGACGAUCUGGAUCUCUGUGCUCCGCCUCUGAGGAGGAACUCCAUCUUUCCAGGAAGCUGUUCUGGGGAGUGUUCAAGGCCUUGGCCAAGAAAAGCUACGAUGCAGAUCUGUUCCGGCUGGCUCUGCUGUGCCUGGGGGCCGUGGGAGGGGCCCUGCCCCCGGACCACAUGGACCACGCCUGUGUGUCCUGGCUGGAGAAACACGCCACCAUGGACCCCCAGCAGCACUUCGACCCCCAGCCUGUAGACACAACCAAUGUGUUGGUGCCAGACAGGCUGGAGCUGGUAGUGAACAAGUAUGCCGAACACACUCAUGAGAAGUGGUCACUGGACAAGUUUGCCAGGGGAUGGGUCCACGGGGAGCAGCUGUGUGAGAACGCCAAAGUCCACCCUCUUCUGAAGCCUUACCGAGCAUUGGCCGAGAAGGAUAAGGAGACAUACCGCUGGGCCAUAAGGGAGACAGUGAGGAGCAUGCUGGCUUUUGGCUGGACCAUCGAGAGAACCAAAGAUGGGGAUGCUUGCGGCCUGCACACCUGUGCACGACGGAUCUCCCAGUCUGGACAGCUGUCGUUUGAAGGAGCAUCAACCUUCAGCCCCAAGCCCAUGGACAUGAGCAGCAUCACCCUUACCUGGGACCAGUGUUCGAUGGCUGAACUGCUGGCUGAGAACUACCACAACACUUGGGCUAGGAAGAAGAUGCUGGAACUGGAGGCUAAAGGCGGAGGCAGUCAUUCCCUGCUGGUUUCCUACGAUACCCUUUCUGGCAAAGAGAAAUCCAGACUCCGGGAGAGAGCUCAGGAUGUCCUUAAGUUUCUGCAGCUUAAUGGCUUAACAGUUUGGAGGGACAGGAAGUCCGUAGAGAUGGAGUCUCCAGCCAUCGCCAACCGCUUCGCCUACACCUUCCUCCAGCAGCUCCUCUUCUACACAGAGGAGGCUCAGGAACACAUGCUGGAGAUGGAGGUCAUGCAGGCCAGAGGACAGAUGACCAAAGGAGAGAGAACCCCACAUCAGCAAGAGAUUUAUUUCUUCAGCAAGGUCAUUCUGCCCCUGGUGGAGCACUACCUGAAGAACCACCUCAGCUACUUCCUGUCUACCUCGAACAGCUCCCAUGGCAACGGUGGCCACGCCUCCAACAAGGAGAAGGAGAUGGUAGCCAGCCUCUUCUGCAAGCUGGGGGCUCUGGUCAGACACAGGACCUCUCUGUUUGGCAGCGAUGCCUCAUCAAUCGUCAGCUGCCUUCACAUCCUGGCACAGUCUCUAGACGCCAGAACCCUGAUGAAGACCGCCCCGGAGUGGCUCAGGUCGUCUCUGCGAUCCUUCUUCGAGGCGGCGGCGGUGGACCUGGAAGUGACCGUGGAGAACCUGUCGAUGACGUUGGGACCUCAGAGCCGAGCCCAGCCCAGAGGAGUGGCCCAGCUCCUGGUCUACACCACCUCCACGCUGCUGCCCUGCCUCACUGCCUUGUUCCAGCACCUGGGCUCACAGCAACAUGGACAAGACCUACUGGUGGACGGGAUCCAGGUGUCCUGUUAUAAGAUCCUCAACAGUCUCUACUCUCUGGGGACCAGCCAAAGCCCUUACGCUGACGGACAGAGACCAGCCGCAGGGGCUUGUCUCGCUGCCUUGUCUGGAGCUUUCCCUGUGUGCUUCCUGGAGCCUGAUCUCAACGAGGACAACCCUUACUCUGUCUACAACUCCAUGAGCCCCACAGAGAGAGAGGAACUAGGAGUGUUUGACCUGGUGGAGGAAGUGUGUCCUCGCCUCCCGUCCCUCCAGAAGGCUCUGGGGGAGGUUGAGGAGCUGGUGGGGGCCGGCUCCGGGGCCCGCCUGGCCCAGUACGCCCACGUCACCGAGGUCACCCUGCCCCUGCUCUGCAGCUACGUGGCCCGCUGGUGGGCCUGGGGCCCCCAGGGCCAGUCUGACAGCGACGGCCCCGUCUUCACCUGUCUCACCCCCCAGCACGCCAGCACCCUGCUGGGGAACAUUCUGCGCGUCAUCCACAAUCACCUGGGGACGAGACAGGGGGACUGGAUGAAACGCCUGGCGGUGUUCUCUCAGCCAAUCGUGGGCCAGGCCUGCCCGGAGCUCCUGGAGAGCCACUUCCUGCCUCUGAUGGAGAAGCUGAAGACGAGGGCGGAGGCAGUGCUGCUGGAGGAGGAGCACGCCAAGGCAGAGGGCCGCAGCCUUGAGUCUGACUCGGAGGCAGAGCUGAGGGUACAGGAGAGGUUCUCUGUGCUGGUCAGGGAUCUCUACGCCUUCUACCCUCUCCUCAUCCCCUUUGUUGACUGCAAUAGAGCCAGGUGGUUACGUGAGCCCAGCCCAGAGGCUGAGAAGUUGUUCAGCAUGGUGGCAGACAUCUUCAUAUUCUGGGCCAAGUCACAUAAUUUCAAAUGGGAGGAACAAAAUUACGUGGUCCAGAAUGAGAUCAACAACAUGGCCUUCUUGGUCAACAAUGACAGCAACAUGUCUAAGGUGUCCCACCAGGAGAGGAGGAAGACCAAGAGGAAGGGAGACCGCUACUCCACACACACUUCCCUGAUCGUCGCUUCACUGAAACGGCUACUUCCUGUCGGCCUGAGUGUUUGUUCCCACGGCGACCAGGGGCUCAUCUUCCAAGCGAAGAGCCGAUUUUCUCAGAAGGACACUGAGGAGGAGAUUCAAGAGAGUGUGUUUAAUGGCCUUCUUCAAAUUCAGACCCAGAACUCCCCAGGUGUCUGCUGGCAGGAUGCCCUGGUCCAGGGGUCACCUGGCCAGGCAGGGGGGCCCUCAGACCCCCACAGGGCCACACAGAGGGUCAUCGACAUCGCCCGUGUUCUCCACCAUCUAGACCAGGUGGAACACCCUGAGAGGACUAAGAAAGCCGUGUGGAACAAGGUGUUAUCCAAGCAGAGGAAGAGGGCAGUGGUGGCUUGCCUGAGGAUGGCUCCUCUCUACAUCCUGCCUAGACAUCGCGCUGUCAACCUCUUCCUGCAGGGUUAUGAUAAGUUCUGGAUCUCUGCUGAUGAUCACAGCUUUGAGGAGAAGCUGGUGGAGGAUUUAGCAAGAACAGGAAGGGCCUGUCAGAGGGAGCAGGAAGAGGAGGCGGAGGAAGGAGCCAAUCAGAUGGACCCUCUUCACCAACUCAUCACUCUGUUCAGCCACACUGCCUUGACGGAAAGGAGCAGGCUUGAGGACGACAGUCUCUACCUCUCCUUUGCUGCCAUCCUUGCAAAGAGCUGCCACGAGGAGGAAGAGGAGUACGAGGAAGAGGAGGUGAAAACAUUUGAAGAGAAGGAGCUGGAGAAGCAGAAGCUGCUGUACCAGCAGGCCCGGCUGCACGGCCGCGGGGCUGCAGAGAUGGUGCUGCAGACCAUCAGCUCCAGCAGAGGUACCAUGGGGUCCAUGGUGGUCUGUACUCUGAAACUUGGUAUCGCAAUCCUCAAUGGAGGGAACACCACUGUCCAGCAGAAAAUGCUCGACUAUUUGAAGGAGAAGAAGGAUGUGGGCUUCUUCCAGAGCGUGGCUGGCCUCAUGCAGUGCUGUAGCGUGCUCGACCUGAAUGCGUUUGAGAGGCAGAACAAGGCAGAGGGAUUAGGCAUGGUUAUUGAGGAGAGCUCAGGGGAUAAGGUCAUGAGCGACAGUGAGUUGACCUCUGACCUGUUCCGCUUCCUGCAGCUUCUCUGUGAGGGCCACAACUCAGAUUUUCAGAACUACCUCAGAACACAAACGGGAAACAAUACCACUGUCAACAUCAUCAUAUCCACCGUUGACUAUCUGCUGAGAGUGCAGGAGUCCAUCAGUGACUUCUACUGGUUCUACUCUGGGAAGGCAGUGAUAGACGAACAUGGCAGGAAGAACUUCUCCAAGGCCAUCAGUGUGGCCAAGCAGGUCUUCAACUCACUCACAGAGUACAUACAGGGUCCGUGCACGGGGAACCAGCAGAGCCUGGCCCACAGUCGUUUGUGGGAUGCAGUGGUUGGCUUCCUCCAUGUUUUUGCUCACAUGCAGAUGAAGCUCUCCCAGGAUUCCAGUCAAAUCGAGCUUCUCAAAGACCUGAUGGAUUUGCAAAAGGAUAUGGUUGUUAUGUUGUUAUCCAUGUUGGAAGGCAAUGUGGUUAACGGAACUAUCGGUAAACAGAUGGUAGACAUGCUAGUGGAAUCAUCAAGCAACGUAGAGAUGAUCCUCAAGUUCUUCGACAUGUUCCUCAAACUCAAAGACCUCACGUCCUCCGAAGCCUUCAAAGAGUACGACCCCGACGGCAAGGGCCGCGUUUCCAAGAAGGACUUCCUGAAGGCCAUGGAGGCUUGCAAGCGUUUCUCCCAGUCCGAGACCCACUUCCUGCUCUCCUGCGUCGAGACCAACGAAGGCGAGCUCCUGGACUACGUGGCCUUCGUGGAUCGUUUCCACGAGCCGGCCAAGGACAUCGGCUUCAACAUGGCCGUCCUCCUGACCAACCUGUCGGAGCACAUGCCCCACGACUCCCGCCUGGCCACCUUCCUGCAGCUGGCAGAAUGUGUCCUCAGCUACUUCCAGCCCUACCUGGGCCGCAUCGAGAUCCUGGGCAGUGGGAAACGCAUCGAGAGGGUCUACUUUGAGAUCAGCGAGUCCAGCCGGACGCAGUGGGAGAAGCCCCAGGUGAAGGAGUCCAAGCGCCAGUUCAUCUUCGACGUGGUGAACGAGGGCGGGGAGAAGGAGAAGAUGGAGAUGUUCAUCAACUUCUGCGAGGACACCAUCUUUGAGAUGCAGCUGGCUUCUCAGAUCUCGGGCUCGGACGGCGGGGAGCGAGCGGCGAGCGACGAGGGGGAGGAGAAGAAGGAGAAGGAACAGGGGCAUGAAGGGGAGGGAAGGCCCAAACCUGGGCUCUUCUCCGGUUCCACCGUCUGGUUCCUCGUCUGUGCUCUACCCUAUGGACUGAUGAUGCUGGUCUCCGUGCUCUCUGUGAAGAACCUGAAGAAACAGUUGAGGAGGAUGACUCUGAAGGACAUGGCUGUGGGCGUGGCCUCCUUCUUCAGGGGCAUCGUUAUGGCUCUGGUCCGAUGGGUGUGUGGCCUGACUCGGGGCCUCGUCUAUAUCCUGUACCUGGUGUUCGUCAACGGGGGUCUGGUGGAGGGAGCCAAGAGGAUGACGGUGGUGGAGCUGCUGUGCGGGAUCCUUGACCCGACCUCGGACGAGGUGAGCGGGUGGUCGGGAGGGGAGCGACAGAGGAGAUCCUCUGCCAUGUUUGCGUCUCACCAGGAGGACAGGGACACGGCCCAGACUGCAGACGCCUCCCCCAGGGACGCCAACUCCCUCACCGACAUGUUUGGUCUGCGCCUGAGGAAGGAUGGAGGGCAGUACACGUUAUUGACCCAUGACCUGAGUUCUAGUCUGACUGACCUCUUCAAUGCUGCCACGGGUCAUCGAGGCAUGACAGAUACCAUCAGAAAAUAUCAGGCUCAAGUUUCCCAGAGGGGAGACGGUGAGGAGUCCGAAACGAAACUGUCUGAUUCUGAAAAAUCUCCAGAAGAGGCCUCAAACAAGAAGUCCAAAUGGAGGUCCAGGAGAACAUCUAAACCAGAAGUCCCUGAGCCCCAACAGUCAGCCUUCUGGGAUAUGAUUAGCACUCAGCACAAAAUACUUUUGAACUACUUUGCGAGGAAUUUCUACAACAUGCGGAUGCUUGCUUUGUUUGUUGCUUUCGCAAUCAACUUCAUUCUCCUCUUCUUCAAGGUCUCUUCCUCCUCUGCCACAGCCCAGGCAGGAGAGGACGUAACUGUGUUGCACACCAGCCCCCUGGAGCUGGGUGGAGGCCAUGGUGGAGGCCAUGGUGGAGGCCAUGGUGGAGGCCAGGGUGGAGGCCAGGACCCUGUGAGAAAUGACCACAGACAGUCAGACAGCGUCCAUUUUGUCCUGCAGGAGAGCUCUGGCUACAUGAAGCCCUCGUUGCAUUUCCUGGCCGUAGCUCACACGCUCAUCUCCUUCUGCUGCAUCAUUGGCUACUACUGCCUGAAGGUCCCGCUGGUCAUUUUCAAGCGUGAGAAAGAGGUGGCGAGGAAGCUGGAGUUUGACGGCCUCUACGUCACCGCGCAACCCCCCGACGAAGACAUCAAAGGGCAGUGGGAUCGACUGGUCAUUGACACGCCAUCGUUUCCCAGUAAUUACUGGGAUAAAUUUGUGAAAAGGAAGGUGAUGGGUAAGUACGGGGAGCUGUAUGGCAGCGCGCGCAUCGGCAGGCUGCUGGGGUUGGACCAGGCUGCUCUAGACUUCAGCUCCCAGGAGCAGGAGAGACGGAGGCCCAGGAGGGCCAACACUUGGAGCUCCUUGUUGAACUCCAUCGACGUCAAGUAUCAGAUCUGGAAAUUGGGGGUUGUGUUCACAGAUAAUUCCUUCCUGUACCUGACCUGGUACAUGAUCAUGUCUGUCCUGGGACACUACAACAACUUCUUCUUUGCUGCUCACCUGCUGGACAUCGCCAUGGGCUUCAAGACCCUGCGCACCAUCCUGUCCUCUGUGACGCACAACGGCAAACAGCUGGUGCUGACGGUGGGCCUGCUGGCCGUGGUGGUCUACCUCUACACUGUGGUGGCCUUCAACUUCUUCCGCAAGUUCUACAACAAGACUGAAGAUGGAGACACGCUCAACAUGAAGUGUGAUGAUAUGCUCACUUGCUACAUGUUCCACAUGUAUGUGGGUGUGAGAGCGGGUGGAGGGAUCGGAGACGAGAUUGAGGAUCCAGCCGGGGACGAGUUUGAGGUGGUCAGGAUCAUCUUUGAUAUCACCUUCUUUUUCUUCGUCAUUGUCAUCCUCCUGGCCAUUAUACAGGGUUUGAUCAUCGAUGCUUUUGGGGAACUUCGGGACCAGCAGGAGCAGGUGAAGGAGGACAUGGAGACCAAGUGUUUCAUUUGUGGGAUCGGAAACGACUACCUCGACACCGCCCCUCAUGGGUUUGAGACCCACACACUGCAGGAACACAACCUGGCUAACUACCUGUUCUUCGUGAUGUACCUCAUUAACAAGGAUGAAACGGAACACACAGGCCAGGAAUCCUACGUGUGGAAGAUGUACCAGGAACGCUGCUGGGAGUUCUUUCCCGUGGGCGACUGUUUCCGGAAGCAGUAUGAGGAUCAGCUGAGCUGAGGGCAUCCCAGGUUCUGAUAACGUCGUGGUAACGAGGAUCCGAGGCUCUGAUAACGUUGCGGUAACGACGCAUAAUCAAUGGGCUUCUCUGCACAAACUCAGCUUGAGUAGUGAAUACAGGAAGACCCAAACACUUGGUGUGGUGAUUUAUUGCACUACUGUUAUCUUUAUUUAUUCACCCAGUUAUUCCCCCCCCCCCACACACACACACACACAGUGUGUAAACUACGUGUACUGUUUGAUUUUUUUUUUUUUAAGAAUGUGUUUCAUCCUGAGUGAAUAAUGUAUGUUAUGAAUAGAAUCAUGAGUAGGCAUGUUGAAAACACCCUUCACGGUAAUAAGGCUGAUCGUUUUCUAGUUAUAGAAUAUAUGUCUCCCUUCACUUUGAGCUUGAAAUAAAGAAGUGAAUCGAAAGCCAUGAUGUCAUGUCUGAGACUGGAAAGGCAGAGACGGGAGGAAAGGAGGGAGGAGAGGAGAUGAGAUCUGUGUUCAGUGUU